UAGUGUUUUGGCUUGUACAUGAGGAACUAUUGGUCACCCCGGGAGUGCGGAAAGUGCGGGCGCGAAUGACUUGUCAGCCGAGUGGGGAAGGGGCCCCUGAGGGGAGCGGACGCAGCUGGGGCUGCUCCUCGGGGCGUCGUGGCAGGAUCUGUGCAUUGCUGCUGGAGGAAGACGCUGCCUCAGCCAUUGAUUAGACGGGCGUUUGUUUCUGAUGGAUCACACACCCCUUUGACCACGGUGUGAUUGGUUUUACUCGUGAUCAUUUAGUGUUGGGAACCCUUGCGAAGCCGGUUGUCCCUGCACCAUGAUUAGAUCUGCGACUUCCUUGGACAGUUGUCCACUUGAAACAGAACUGGCAUUUUUUUCUACCAGUUUUCCACAUCUGUAUCCAAGGUUAAACUGUUGAACCUACACUGCUAGUGCUUAGUUGGUCGGGCAGUAGUGGUUUUUUUGGAAUAAACUCCUGAAAAAGGCUGGAUACCUGGAUGACGUUUCAUAGCAGCCACAGCGGCACAUGACACAGAUGCUACCUCUGUGAAUGGUUCUUAGUUUUAUUGUGGCAUAAGGAGAGUUCCCAUUCCCAGAGCUUUACAUCCCCAUGGAGUUAGUGGAUACUUUGUUACCUUUGCUUCCCAGCAAAAUAAUUCCACUUAAAAACUUUGCAACAAGGAAUAAACUGUGUUGAUUGAAGAUUAGGGCUUCUUUAAUGAUUAAAAACAAAAAACCGAAAAACCUCCUGCCAUGUUGGAAGACACUUCUUCGGAAGAAGACAUCUGGGAAUACAAAUCUAAAAGAAAACCAAAACAGGUACAUCCCAAUGACUGCUCUGAAAAUAGUCUAAAAUCCACUGAAGAAGCAACAGAUGGAAAAGAUCAGGCAAAACAAAACAGAAACAAAAAAGGAACCAGGGGAGCUCCAGGGAAGAAGAGGGGCGGUGCUCGGAACCCUGGAGUACCAGGCUGGGAGACGUGUGCCACCUGCAGUCAGGAAGCCCGGGGUGGCGGGGAUGAAGACGGCAUCCCGCAGUCCCAGGACAAGCAGAGCACACCACGAAAGCGCUGUCGGACUCCCCAGAGCAAACAGGUGUCCCCAAAGAUACGCCCAGUUUACAGUGGGUACUGUCCAAACUGCCAGAUGCCCUUUUCCUCGCUGCUAGGCCAGACACCUCGGUGGCAUGUCUUUGAAUGUUUGGAUUCUCCUCCCGCCUCUGAAACAGAGUGUCCUGAGGGUCUCCUGUGCACCUCAACAAUUCCUUCCCACUACAAGAGAUACACUCACUUCCUGCUCGCCCAGAGUAGGGCGAGUCGGAGUCCUCCCAGCAGCCCCUCCCACGGGGCAGAUGGCAGUUUCAGGGAGACUAAUUCGGGCGUUCUUUGUCGGCUUGAGGAAAGACUGUGUCAGAAACAAAGUGGGAACUUAAAAAGUGUUUCAGACGAUCCCUUGGUGAUGACACAGAGUCUGAAAAAAUCUCAGUCUCCAACUGAAACCAAAGGAAAGAUCUAUUAUGAAAAUGCUCAGAAGCCCCAACAGGUGCUACAGUUUACAGAGGCUGUUAAGACAAACACACUGGUAGGAGAUGCCUUGCCUCUUGAGGAUGAGAUGUUAGACAGCCAGAACGACUCAAAACACUUGAACUUGCCGUUGCCAGAAGAUGACUGUAGCAACUGUGAGAUUUCCUAUUCUCCACUUCAGAGUGAUGAAGACACUUAUGAUAUGGAUGAAAAGCUGGAUGACUCACAGCAGGAACUGUUUUUUACUGAAAGCUCUAAAGAUGGCAGCCUAGAGGAAGAAGACAGCAGCUUGGCUUCCUUUGGAAAACUCCGUGGGCCCAUCCUCCAGGACCAAGAGGAUAGCUUCCCUACAGGAGGUAGCUUCUUAACUCAGAAUAGGUACAAUGGAGAAUUGUACAGGUCCAGUGUUCCAAACAGUUCGUCUCAGCUUAUCUCCCCAAAUAACGAGAGUAUUAUCUCGCAUGAUGGAUCAGCAAGUCAUGAUUCCCUUACUCAGUUAUUUCCACCUGCAUUAACAGAAGAACUCGCCGCCUCUAAUUAUCAAGCCACUAAAAAAACACCCAGGAAGCCAGAAUUUCACUCAACAGACAAACAGAAAGAGGUAAUUGACAAGUCAGCUGUUCACAAUCAAGUUUCUCCAGCAAAACUUCAGCGUAAAGACUCCAAACCUUCCAGAAACCAGGAAGGAGACAAUCUGCCUUUGGAUCCCAGGCAAAGCAGAGCAAGAGCGUUAUCAGGUGAGACCCUCGGUGCUGAGAACAACCCCAAGUCAGAGUGUUUGUGCAGGAAGGCAUUAGACAGAAUGCCAGGCAGUAAAGUCACGGCCUUAACUACAGAAACGGCUCCUAGCACACCUCCUGCUGCCAAGUCUUUUAAAAUAUCACCCUCUUCUUCUAAGUGCGAUGCAAGACAGCCUACGAAGGCAAUGAAGCAAAUGGAUAUAGGUGUGUAUUUUGGACUACCACCCAAAAAACAAGAAGAGAAAUCGCCAAAGAAACAGGCGUUAGACGUGGAGGACUUAAAUCAAGCUCAAAAUCACAGUGGAAGGAAAUCCCGGCAGUGCAAGAGGAAAGCAGAAAAGUCUUUAAGUGACUUGGAAUUUGAUACAAAGAAUUUAAGUGAGAGUCCACUCCCUGUGGAGCUUCCGAGAUCACAGCGGCAAAGAAAGAGGCUUAGGAAGUCCAGUUCACAGCAGGAAGGAGGCCAUCAGAAGGGGUCAGACCACUCUGUUAGCAAUACACCAUCCCGAAAAGUCAACUUAAGCAAAGGUGAAGUCGUUAUUAGAUCAGCUCGUGGCGGGCCACUUAGAAGAAACUUAGAUGUCUCAGAGUCAUUUGAUGCAAGAAAAAAGAAAUGCCCAUUUUAUAAGAAAAUACCUGGAACCACCUUCACAGUGGAUGCCUUUCAGUACGGCACAGUUGAAGGUUGCUCAGCCUAUUUUCUCACACAUUUUCAUUCCGAUCAUUAUGCUGGAUUGUCUAAAAACUCCACAUUUCCAGUGUACUGUAGCGAGAUAACUGGCAAUUUGUUGAAGAACAAGCUUCAUGUGCAAGAACACUAUAUCCAUACAUUGCCAAUGGACACCGAAUGUGUAGUUAAUGGUGUGAAAGUUGUUCUGCUUGAUGCCAAUCACUGCCCAGGGGCCACCAUGAUCCUUUUUCAUCUUCCCAACGGGACUGUCAUGUUACACACUGGAGACUUCCGAGCAGACCCCAGCAUGGAACGUUCCCCUCUUCUUGCGGGCCAGAAGGUCCACACACUCUACUUGGACACCACGUACUGCAGCCCAGAGUACACCUUUCCAUCUCAGCAAGAGGUUAUCCAGUUUGCCAUCAGCACUGCCUUUGAGGCUGUAACUCUAAACCCACGUGUUCUCGUGGUCUGUGGCACCUAUUCGAUCGGAAAAGAGAAAGUCUUCCUAGCCAUUGCUGAUGUUUUAGGUUCAAAAGUGGGCAUGUCCCAAGAAAAAUACAAAACACUGCAGUGCCUCAAGUCACCAGAAAUUAAUUCCCUUAUCACUACAGAUAUGUGCAGUUCUUUGGUUCACGUUCUCCCCAUGAUGCAAAUCAAUUUUAAGGGAUUACAGAGUCAUUUGAAGAAGUUUGGUGAGAAAUAUGAUGAGAUUUUGGCUUUUCGACCUACAGGAUGGACUCAUUCUAACAAGUUAACUAGAAUAACUGAUGUUAUUCCCCAGAUCAAAGGAAAUAUUUCAAUAUAUGGAAUUCCUUAUAGUGAACAUAGCAGCUACUUAGAAAUGAAACGAUUUGUCCAGUGGCUGAAACCCCAGAAAAUCAUACCUACUGUAAAUGUUGGCAGUUGGAAGUCUAGGCGAACAAUGGAGCAAUAUUUUAAGGAAUGGAAAUUGGAAGCUGGAUAUUGACGGUACCCCAGAGGACUCACUGAUAGUUAAGUACCUUAGGUGUGACUUGCUAGUAAUCGUAUUGACAGGGAUGUGAAGUAUACUUUGUGUGAAACAUCUCAUGAAAAUUACUUUAUUUCUCAUUGGCAUUCUAACAACAUGUUCAUGAUGCUGAAUGCCCCUCACCAUCAUCAAAGGUAACAGACUGGCAUCCCUAGAACCCAUGACUUCCUACCCCAGUGGAUGCAGCUGUGCUCUGCAAAAAGCCUUAGGGGAGGACAAAGGCAAGUUCAGGGACCAAAAGGAGUCAUGGCAAUGGAUGAACUAGAUCGACAGAAAUAUAUAU